AUGGAAAACGAACGCCUCUAUACGCUGGAUGAAUUUCUCUUGAAACUACAACCAUCACAACGUUAUACGAAAAUUAUUUAUUUAGAUUUUCGUCGGUCGGAUCAUAGACAACCCUUUCGUUUCAAGUCUCUGAAACUUUUAUAUGCCGCCUUGGCGCUGCUGAUUACCGAUUGUGCGUGUAAUGUUUUGAAAAUUAUAUUCGAGAUACGAGCUCAUCGUUUAAGUGAAGCCAAACAAAUCGGUGCCGUGUGGAGUAUUGAAUUUUUGUGUUUGAUACGUGGCAUAUUCCUAAUGUUCAAAUACAACAGCAUGUUGGAUUUAACGAAUGAUUUGGAUAAAAUAUUUCCUCGCACUCGUUUGCUCCAGAAACGUAUGAACUGCAAUAAAUUGGCAAGGUAUUUGUUGAUUCGACACCGGUUCCUCUUCACCUAUGCUGUGGUGGGCUUAUCGGCUUUUAUCGGAAUACCUUUGUUGAAAUAUAUUCUCUUUUAUGACCCGGCAAGUGGUGCUCCCCUCUUGGAUGAAUAUCAUCAACAUGCCUCAUGGUUUCCAUUUCAUUUGAAAGAGAAUCCCUACACUUAUCCGUAUAUGUAUGUUUCGGAGACUCUGGUAACGUUGUUCGGUAUUAAUUGCCUAUUUACAUGGGAUCAUAUUUACACUGUCACUGUGGCUCAAUUUAUUAUGCAUUUCGAAUAUGUCAAUACGGAAUUGGCGCGAUUAAAUGCUAAGGAUACCAUGGAGGGAUGGAGAAAGAGUAAGGAUUUUUAUAAGGAUCUGGUGGAGAUAAUCAAAUAUCAUCAGCAUAUAUUGAGAUUGGGUGACAAAUUGCGGAGCACUUUUAAUUUACCAUUAUUUCUCACCGAUCUUAUAAGUGGUGCCUCAAUAUGUUUUCACAUCUAUUUGAUAGCGAAUACGGAUGACAUUAUUGCCAUAACUUUGUUUAUAUUUCCUUGCUUUGUGCAGGUGGCAUUUGCAUUCGAUAAUUGUUAUCAGGGAUCAAGGAUUGAAAGUGUGACUACUAAUAUGAGUCAAGUGUUAUUUGAGCAGAAUUGGUAUGAUGCCACCAUAGAGUAUCGGAAAUUUUUAAUACAUUUCUUGCUAUUUGCCAGUCGACCAUUUACCCUGAGUGGGUAUAAUUUGUUUAGCAUUGAUAUGGUGCAUUUUCGAGCGACAAUGAUGAUUGCCUAUCGGAUGUUUACAUUUUUACAGGCUCGUGGAUCGAAAACUAAAUGA